GAUGGGUGGGACUUUGGAUUUUUGAAAAGUUACCGGUAGGAGUUGUAAUUAAAAGAAACCUUGCGUGGUAAAAGGUUAUUUGGCCUGCUAUUUAUUCUAUACAGUUCCCUCGGCAGAACAACUACGGAGAGUCUUCGGUCAAGACAAGGGAGAGAUGGAGACCGGAGAGCCACGACGGUUUCCACUGGCAGCUCAGCCCGAAAUAAUGAGAGCUGCCGAGAAAGACGAGCAAUAUGCCUCCUUCAUCUACGAUGCCUGCCGCGACGCCUUUCGCCACCUCUUCGGCACAAGAGUCGCUGUAGCUUAUCAGAGUGAGACAAAACUUGUAGGGCAGAUGCUUUAUUAUGUAAUGACAACAGGUUCAGGACAGCAAACUCUGGGGGAGGAAUAUUGUGACAUAACUCAGGUUGUAGGUCCUCAUAGACUUCCUCCAACUCCAGCAAGGCGUCUGCUUUUUAUUGUAUACCAGACAGCAGUUCCUUAUAUUGCUGAAAGAAUCAGCUCUAGAGUAGCUUCACGUGGCAUACUUCUUGCUGAAUCUCAGUCUGAUGAGUUCAACCAAAGCAAUGCUCCUAAUAGCAGUCAAGCUCAAUCCUUGGAAAUGGUGGAAUUUCAAUCUCCCUCAACAUCAGGGAUGCCAGCUUCUUCAGUUUCAAGGUUUAAAGAGAAAUUUAAAAGACUCUGGUUAUCUGCAGUUCAAAGAUGGCCUACGAUGCUUCCUAUAGCACGGGAAAUUUUGCAAUUGGGUUUCCGCGCCAAUCUUAUGUUCUUCUACUUCGAAGGCCUAUAUUAUCAUAUAUCAAAACGUGCUGCCAGCAUUCGAUAUGUAUUCAUAGGAAAACCAAUGAAUCAAAGGCCUAGGUACCAAAUACUAGGUGUAUUCCUUUUGAUUCAGCUAUGUAUCAUCGCUGCUGAAGGUCUUCGGCGCAGCAAUUUAUCUUCUAUUGCAAGUUCAGUUCAUCAGACAACCUUGGGUUCCAACCAAACUACAGCAGGGCGAGGUUUGCCUGUCUUGAAUGAAGAAGGCAGUUUAAUAUCUAUGGAGACUGAGAGGGGGAGCUGGGUCGUAGAUUCCUCUUCAACUUCUGAGGCUACAACCACAGUCAGCAAAUGCACGCUUUGCCUGAGUAAUCGCCAGCAUCCAACAGCUACCCCUUGUGGUCAUGUAUUCUGCUGGAAUUGCAUUAUGGAGUGGUGCAAUGAAAAGCCAGAAUGCCCUCUCUGCCGUACUCCCAUAACACAUUCAAGCUUAGUUUGUCUGUAUCAUUCAGAUUUCUAGGAUGGUAAAUAAUUUACCAGCUGUUUGGAAGAAUACAAAUAACAAGCCACCAACUGGUUCCCUUCUUGAUGCCAAGUAUUGUGUAUCAAAUCUGGGGAAUGAGUUAGAAAUUAGAAAACAAAUCCCUUCUGGUAUUCACAUAGUUGUAAUUGCCUCAGAUUUUUUGCAAUGGCCACCACGUUUUCACAUAAUUUGCAAAUUGACAUAUCUGCCCUCUCUCCCGUCCUCUUUCUGCUAGAGUGCAGAAGGAAAUAGUUGCAUGAUGAGUUUGCUAAUGGAGCAAUGCUGUCUUUGCUGUUGACCAAGUUGUAGUGUAUUAAAAAAUUGUAAUUCUAUUAUUUAAUGCAAAUAAUUUUUGUUCAUUAUAAUCAUAGAAUUUGUUUCGAAA